AUGAUAUCGGAAGAUUUCCAAUGGUAUCUUGAUAAGGCUGCUUCACCAUCACGGACGCUACGAUGGACUCAUGACGCUUCCGAGGUUGCUGGGUCGGGGACGCCUCAGGCCGUCAUUCUCGUCAUCGCAACCAUCUGGCUGAUGCUCUCUAUCGCUCUGCGCACAAAGAAUAGCAACGCCUGCCCCGGCGGCCACAGAAUCUCGUCUGCUUGGUCUGUACCGUGGCGAUAUGAGGUGCUGUCCCAGGCAUCUCGCGUCGCUUCGGUCGCCUUGCUUGUAUCAGCAUACGCCCGAGGUCGCUGCCACCCUCUCGACGCCAUCGUCUCAGCCUACGGUUUUGUGCUGGGGCUCGUCCGCAUUACCCGCGUCCCCGGCGGCUGGCACCGCUCAGCGCUGCAUCAGGUCAACUACAUCUUCACCGCCUUGUGGGUAGUUCUCCUUGUGGCGCAGUUCCUCCCGUGUGUCGGUGUGGAUGAGCGGUGCGCUCAGGAUCACAGCAUACUCGGCGCAUUCAUCUCGCUAUCUGUGGCUUUGGCUGUCGCCGUAUCGACCCCGAGGGAGUGGUUGCCGCCGUCGCCGGCAGAAUUUGCGGAGCUAGGCGAUGAGGAUGACGGCGCCUUAGAGUAUGAUGAGGAUGGCCAGAAGAAGGCUGCAUCUCCGGAGGAAACGUGCAGUUGGUUCAGUUCUUACUGUUCCUUCAGUUGGUUGACACCCUUCGUCUGGAAGGGAACGAAGAAGGCGCUCGAAAUGAGGGACAUACCCAAGAUCCCUUGGUACGAUGAUCCCACGUAUCUACUCCGCAAGCUUCAGCGGGCUAGAGCCGCGUCGAGGAACACUCUGACAACGGUCUUGAGGUUCCAGCGUGAUGAGCUCCUGCUCAUGGCCCUCUUCAUCACCGUGGCGUAUACCUUUGAGAACAUUGCCCCCUUCAGCAUGUUUCGGUUGCUCAGUUAUCUGGCAAACCCCGAGGACUCGCUUUACCGACCCUGGGUUUGGCUCAUUCUCGUCUUCCUCGGGCCGGUUUCCCGUUCCGUCACGUUUCAACAGUAUGUCUUCCACGGGACUCGCCUGAUCGUACGCAUCAGGGCUGCCAUGACACAGGAACUCUACCACAAAGCCAUGGAGUCCAUGGAGCUGGAAAACGACCCCUUUCAGGAUGGGAAAGACACCGGGGCAGCGUCUUCCGGCGACAGGCCAGCAAGGCAGAAGACGACGUCGGCAGGUCGGCUCUCUACCCUCAUGGCUGCCGAUGUCGACUCCAUCUACCGCGCUCGCGAUAUCGUCAUGGUGCUCUUCGGAGUCACCACAGGAACUGUUGUCUCUUCCGUAGGCAUGUAUCAGAUGCUUGGGUGGCCCUCCCUCGUCGGCCUCCUCAUUCUCGUUCUCGGCGUACCGCUGUCGAUGUGGAUCAGUAGGCUCAUCUACAGACACCAGACGGAGGCGAGGAAAGCUCAGGAUUCGAGGAUUUCUCUUGUGACCGAGUAUCUGACGUCGAUCCGUGCCAUCAAGUACUUUGCCUGGGAAGAGCCCGUGAUACGAAGCAUAUUAAAUUCCCGCUCCAUCGAGCAGAACAAGCUGUGGGACGUUGCCGUCCUCCAGGUGCUUGUCAACCAGGUGUCGCAGAUAUUCCCGCUGCUGGCCCUCGUCGUCAUGUUCGGUCUCCACGUGGGCGUCAACAAGAAGAGGCUGGACGCAUCAGUGGCCUUCACCACCGUCCUCCUGGCCAAGAACAUCCGUAGGAACAUGAUGCAGGCCAGCCAGUCUGUGCGAAACUUCUCGGCCGCCAUGGUUGCCUUUGACCGACUAGAUCGUUACUUCUACAGCGCCGUCCGCAAGACCGAGUAUCCCGUCGGACCCCUGCGCAUCCAGAAUGCCUCGUUUUCUCGAAACAGGAAAGCUGCCUUCCGCCUCGAGGAUGUUUCUAUCGACUUUGUCGAGGGCGGCCUCAACGUCGUCAGCGGCCCCAGUGGAAGUGGCAAGACAACCUUGCUGCUGUCUAUCCUGGGAGAAACGUUCCUCGAGCGUGGAACCAUCUCGAGACCGGACGAUGUCGCCUUCGCCUCCCAGUCCGCCUGGCUGCAGAAUGACACAGUGCAGGCCAAUAUCUUGUUCGGAAGCCCCAUGGACCAGGCCAGGUAUUCCCGUGUCAUCGACGUAUGCUGCCUACCUACCGACCUGGAUGAGCUCUCUCGCGGAGAUUUGACGAUAGUGGGCGAGAACGGUGCCUCCCUCUCCGGCGGUCAGAAGGCCCGCGUGGCGUUGGCACGUGCCUUGUAUUCGAAGGCCCCCCUUAUCCUGCUUGACGAUGUCCUGUCAGCUCUGGAUGCCAAGACGGCCGCCACGCUGUGGAGAAAGUGCUUCUGCAGCGACAUGCUCAGCGGUCGGACAACGGUCCUGGUGACUCAGAUGCCGUGGAUUCCCGAGCAGGGAGACCUGUCGAUCACGCUCGACGGCGGCCGGGUCAGCAGUGCUGAGGUGAACAUCGGUGUCGUCCGCCGACCAGUCACCCUUGCGCAGGACAUGGUAGAGAACGAACCCCAGAGCAAUGGGCUCCAGCCUCAGGCUACGACGGCAGAGCCGCAGACAACGACGGAUGACGCUGUCGAUAGAUCCACCAAGGAUAAGAACGGGGCAAACUACAUGGUGGAACAGGAGACCAGGGCGUCGGGAAAGACUGGCCGACUCACAAUCUUUCAAUACAUGACAUUUUUUGGCAACCCGACCUUCACCUUUGCGUGCGGCGCAAGCCUGAUCGUGUCGGGCAUCAUGUCCUUCUACAGCUCGUACUGGCUCUCGGUAUGGGUUGAGGCCUACAAGAACAGCGCACACAUAGACAUUGCUUACUACAUGGGUAUCUAUGCUCUCCUGUCAGUCAUGGAGCUCGCAUUCUACGCUGCCAGCGUCAUCAUGUUUGAAUGGGGAUCGUGGCGGGCGGCCAGGAAACUGCACAACGACUUCGUGCGAGCCGUCCUGUACGUGUCGCUGUCGUGGUUCAAGGCGAUACCCAUCGGGCGCAUCGCCAACAGAUUCGCAGGCGACAUGACAUCCAUCGACACCUCGCUCAGCGCCAUGGUGCGCAACGGCCUCGAGAAUGCGACGCAGCUCCUCUUCCGCAUCGCCGCCGUGAGCACCAUCCUGCCCAUCUUCAUGGUUCCCGCCGUCAUCACCUGCCUGAUCGGUCUGAUACUGGCCGAGAUGUACACGCGCACGGCGGUCAUGACGAAGCGCUUCCUCUCGUCGGCGCAGUCCCCCGUCUUCUCGCAGUUUGGCGACACGAUUGCCGGGCUCGCAGUGAUCCGUGCCAGGGCCGGCAUGGGCAAGGCUUUCGGACGCCAACUCGCCGCCAAGAUGCGCACCAUGGAGCAGGCUGCGGAGGCGAACUACAACUGCAACCGCUGGGUGUCUGUCCGGCUCGAUUUCGUCACGGCCCUCGUGUCGCUCUUUGCUGGCGUGAUUGCCGUAUCCAAGGUUGGGCAGAUCAGCGCUGGCCUCGUCGGCUUCUCGCUGUCGAACGCCAAUGGCCUGAGCCAGAUCAUACUCCACCUCGUCAGAAACAUGAACGAUCUAGAGGUUGAGAUGCAGAGCUUCCAUCGCGUCAACGAGUACAUAAAACUACCGCGGGAAGACGAAGACGACAAGCCGUACCCGGAGGAGCCGGAAGAUGGCAGCACGUAUGCCGACGAAGAGACCCACGUCAUUCCCAGAGAGUGGCCGAGCUCGGGAGAGAUUGAAUUCCGCAACGUCACGGUGCGGUACGACCCGAACGGGCCCAAUAUCCUCACCGAUGUCAACCUCAGGUUCAAGGCCGGAGAACGCAUUGCCAUUGUCGGCCGAACUGGAUCGGGGAAGAGCACGCUGGUCCUCUCCCUCCUGCAAUUCACGCACAUAGUUUCCGGUCAGAUCCUCUACGACGGUAUAGACAUCACCAAGAUCCCGCGUCACCGACUCCGCGAGGCCAUAACUGUGAUCCCCCAGGAAGCCGUCUUGUUCAGCGGGACGGUGCGGUCGAACCUCGACCCCACGGAGACGGUGUCGUCCGAGACCCUGCAGCGGGCCCUGGACCGGUGCGAAUCCGUGGCCGCAUUUACCGGCGGGAGCAGCAGCAGCAGCAGCAGCAGCAGCAGCAGCAGUCCCCAGCAUAGCGACGACGAGAACGACGACGAACCUGGCUACAAGUCCGACCGCAGCAGCGGGUCCACGGCCAUCCAGCUCAGCACGGAAGUCGACGCCCGGGGCGAUAACUUCUCCCACGGCCAGCGGCAAGUCCUAUCCCUGUGCCGGGCCCUGGUGCGCGACAGCAAGCUCAUGCUCCUCGACGAGGCCACGGCCAGCAUGGACUACGAGACAGACAGGGUGAUACAGGAGGUUCUCCGCGACGAGCUGAACUCGGAUGACGGCUCCGCCGCGGAGACGACGAGCCGGUCGCUGGUGACCAUUGCCCACCGCCUGCGCACAAUCAUCGACUACGACCUGGUGGUGGUCAUGGGAGCAGGUCGUGUCAUAGAGGAGGCUAGAUGCGGCUCACCAGCCGAACUGUACCGUUCAAAGGGACAGUUUUACGAAAUGGUCCGUCAUAGUGGGGAGACGGGUGAUUUGGAGAGUAUACUG